AAUUGUCAUUGGUAUGUUUCUUGAUUAUAGAUUCAGCUUUGUCCUUCUUUUUCUUAUAAUCCCUUCAGUGGUGUAAUUGUUACCGUAUAUUUGGUACUGUACUGUCAUUUUGGGAUUAUUUUUAGUUAUUUACAGUGGAGAUGUGCUUUUCAGUUUCUGAAACUAGAUGAUUAAACAGUUGAAGUUCAUAUAUAGUAGUUUCACAUUCUUCUUUAUGGUCCUUUCUAAUGGAAGUCUCUUGACUCUUCUUUGGUUAGUUGCGUCGUUCUUUUGUAAUCUUUGAGUCUCAAAAUAGUAGCUCAACACUGGUUGUUAUAGUAGCCAUGGGAGGUUGGAAUUUCAUACAUUUCACAAGCUUCAUACUUUUGUAUGUACUCCUUUGGUCUGAAACCUGCAUGUCUAGUGUUCAAUAUAUUGGGAAAAUUAGUCCAGGGUUUGAAGGAGCUCAACAGAAUUGGAUUGAUUAUGGUGGGUUGUUUCUCUUGUCUAACCAAUCUCAUUUUGGUUUUGGUUUCUCCCCUACUCCCCAAGAUGUCACGUUGUUUCUACUUGGUGUUGUUCACAUAAACACUUCUUCAGUAGUCUGGACUGCAAACAGGGGUUCCCCAGUUUCAGAUGUCGAUAAGUUUGUGUUUGAUGAUAAGGGUAGUGUGUCGUUGCAAAAGGGGGGAAGUGUGGUCUGGUCUAUAGAUACCGGUGGCAAGACAGUUACUGCAAUGGAAUUGCAGGACUCGGGAAAUUUGGUUUUACUUGGGGAUGACAAUGGAGUAGUUUGGCAGAGUUUUAGUCAUCCAACUGAUACUCUAUUAUGGAACCAGGAGUUUGAGGAAGGAAUGAAACUUCAAAGCGAACCAAGCUCCAACAAUGUGACCUAUGUUCUUGAAAUCAAGUCUGGCGACUUGAUUCUUUCUGCAGGUUACAAAACACCACAGCCUUAUUGGUCCAUAUGGAAGGAAAGCCGUAAAACGUUCAUUGAAGACGUUAGGGAAGUCACUUCAGCAUCUAUUAGUGCAAAUUCUUGGGAGUUCUAUGAUAGAAGAAAAGUGCUACUAUGGCAGUUUAUGUUCUCGGAAAAUGCUGAUGCAAAUGCCACAUGGAUUGCAGUUUUGGGAAAUGAUGGAGCUAUUUCAUUUUCCAAUCUGCAGAAUGGAGCUUCGAAUGGUCUUUCAACAACAAAAAUACCUGGCGACUCAUGCAGCACCCCUGAACCUUGUGAUCCAUAUUUUGAAUGUUUCAGCAACAAGUGCCAAUGCCCUUCAGGUCUUAGCUCCCGUGCCCGUUGCAAGUCGGGGAUUGUCACUUCAUGUUCAAAGGCUUCCACAAUGCUUACAAGUGCUGGUGAUGGGCUUUAUUAUUUUGCUCUGGGAUUCAUUUCACCCUCUUCAAGAACCGACUUGGAAGGUUGCAAAAGCUCUUGCCUUGCCAAUUGCUCAUGUGUUGCUGUGUUCUAUCAAAACCGCACAAGGAACUGUUACAUGUUUGACAGGAUAGGUAGCUUCCAAAAUUCGGACCAGGGCUUUGUUUCUUAUGUUAAAGUGUUGAGUGAUGGGAGUGGCGGCAGUGUGGAAAGCAGGAGUGUAAGCAAGAGACGCUUCUCCUGUAUUGCGAUAGCAGCUAUUUCGACAAUACUGCUUGUUAUCUGUGGCUUACUUUAUGUGGGAUACCAUCAUUACAGGGUGAAGAGAAAAGGAAACUCACCACCAUCUCUUGAAGCAUCUUCAGAAGAGGAUGGUAUCUACGAAAAUGUGCCUGGUAUGCCCAUCCGUUUCAGUUACAAGAAUCUAGAAACUGCAACAAGUAACUUCUCGAAGAAGCUUGGGAAAGGAGGUUUUGGAUCAGUCUAUGAAGGAGUUCUUCCAGAUGGAACGCGACUGGCUGUGAAGAAGUUGGAAGGAAUUGGUCAGGGACAGAAAGAGUUUCGAGCUGAAGUAACCACCAUUGGCAGUGUCCGUCAUCAUCACUUGGUCCGGCUCAAAGGAUUCUGUGUAGAAGGAAGCCAUCGCCUUCUUGCCUAUGAAUACAUGGAAAAUGGUUCCCUGGAUAAAUGGAUCUUCAAGCAAACCAAUGAAGAAUGCUUGUUGGAUUGGGAGACAAGAUUUAGUAUAGCAUUGGGUACAGCCAAAGGACUAGCUUAUCUACAUGAAGACUGUGAUUCAAAGAUUAUUCACUGUGACAUAAAGCCUCAAAAUGUGCUCCUUGAUCAUAAUUACCAUGCCAAAGUCGCAGAUUUCGGUUUGGCAAAGCUUAUGACCAAGGAGCAGAGCCAUGUUUUCACGACACUUAGAGGAACUCGAGGUUACCUUGCACCAGAAUGGAUCACAAACCGCGCUAUAUCAGAGAAGAGUGAUGUGUAUAGCUAUGGAAUGCUGUUGCUAGAGAUCAUUGGUGGUAGAAAGAACUACGACCAAUCAGAAAGUUCUGAAAAUUUUUGUUUUCCAUCAUACGCCUUCAAAAUGCUGCAAGAAGGCAAAAUGAAGGACAUUGUCGACUCCAAGGUGAAGAUAGAUGAUGCGGACGAGAGGGUUUCUACAGCGAUUACAGUUGCAUUGUGGUGUAUACAGCAAGACAUGUCUCUGAGGCCAUCAAUGGCCAAGGUUGUCAAAAUCCUUGAAGGGGUCUGUCCUGUUCCUCAGCCUCCAACUUCCUCAACAAUGGCUUCUUCAGUAUCAACAUGCUGUAUCAGUGAUGCCUACAUUUCUGCGGAGCAGCUUUCUGGACCAAGAUGA